UCGCGCUCAGCAGCCGUCUGAUGAUCUUGGGGAAGGGGAUGCGCUCCUCUCCCUGCCGGAGCCCAUGCUUCGACAAGUUGAGGUAGCCCAGCAGAUGCUCGAACCGCCAGCCGGACGGCCCUGGUGCUGCGCCUUUUGCUGCUGAGCGGAGUGCCUUCGCGAGCAUCUUGGGUGGGACGUCAAGUGCCUCGGGCUCCACGUUGACGUCCGGCUUGGUGACGGGCGUGUUGCGUGAGGGGUGGAGGGCUUGCAGCUUGGCGUAUGUCUCCUCCGUGGCUGGGGCGACUGGGGUGGAGUCCAGCUUCUUGGCCGCUCGUGUGAAUUCCCCAAGCUCCACUAGCCGCUUGGCUGUCAUGAACGCCCUCUGCGUUGCCGUGUCGUGGGUGGGGUGGGCGGGUGUGGGGUGGAUGGCCGGUGUCGUCUCGGUGCUCUUUGGUGCGAAAUCGGCUCCCUCGCAUAGCAGCAGCUCCCAUUCCCCCUCCCAAAACAGCCGAAAUCUAUUGACUCACUGGGGCCGUCGAUGAUGAUGCAAUCGUCGUCGUGGUCUGCAUUGCCGUCUCCGUCUCCCUGCCCCUGCCUGCCGUCAUGCACCUGUCCACUCACGCCGUCGUACCUUGAUGCAAGUUGCUCGGGGGCCUCGUCUACGGCAGCUCGUGAGAUGUCCGUUGCAAUAGCGGCAGGACGGAGGAGAAUUUCAUGCUGCUGCAUCGCAUCCAACAACUCCAGAGUGCACUCUUCUCGACAGGAGGGGCAUGUUGAGUGGCGGGUCAGCCAGCGUUCCACGCACUGGCGGUGGAAAACGUGCUGCUCGGCACAGGGCAGGGUGAUGAAGUCGAGGCGCUCGCCGCGUUCUUGGCAGAUUAAACAUUCAAGGUCCUCGGUUGCCAUUGGCUGAGACGUAACACAUCCAUGGAAACACCAGAAAAGAAACAGACACACCUUUCCUACUUCGGUCUGAUCGCCACGACUGCCAGCAGUCUCGGUAGUAUCCUGCACGUUGCCCUACAGAGAAAGAAAGUUGCAGAGCGCAUGCAUAUUCAUAGUGGCACACAUCUCAUCCCUCGUCCACUCAGUUGUUCACCUGCUCUUCAUCGCUCAAACUCCGUCCCGUCGCGACCGUUGGGUUCUCGGGCUGUGUGGUUUCAUCACGAUGCCCCUGCACAGAAAGUUUCGGAGCGCAUUCACAGUCUCACACAUUCUCUUUCUCAUACUGACAUGGCGGCGAAAAUACAGCUCCGGCUCCAAAAGUUCAUCCACAUCAUCAUCUUCUUCAUUCUGCUGGGUUGGCUCCUCUCUCUGCUGCUGCUGGCGCUCCAGCCGAACAAUGAGAGGUACAAGCUCCUCUUCGUCGUCCUCGCUGCUCUGCGAGUCGUCUUCGUUGACAAAAUGAUGCUGUUGUUGAGUGUCCGGCUGCUGCUGCUGUGGCGUCUCGUGCUGCUGCUGCAGUGUCUCCUGCUGCUGUGGUGUCGCCUCGCCAUACACAAACUCCUCGCCAUGCGCAGCUGCGUCCUCCGGCUGGUCUUGGUAUGGCGUGUCGUUCCCUGGGGCUGCCUCAGAGAAGCCAUCCUCAUCUUCGUUGUCCAUCUGCAUUCUCGGGCCUGCAAGCACCACACACACACACACACACACACAUCCCACAAUGCCUCUAUGUCUUCUCUCUAUUUUCCUCUACUUCCAAGUUGGGAUGCUUGAAAGCCGCCCUCGCCUACGAGCCCCAUCCAAUGGCCGCCAGUUGUCAAUACGUCGAAACUCACGCCGCUCGUUGACGGGUUUUCGACGUGCCGAAGGGAAAUCGGCACCCUGCUGCUUCUUGAAUAGACAGUUGUGCCCGACGAAGCUAUCUCUUGCUCGUUCGCUAAAAUGUAGACCCGCCCACGCACCUCUCGCAUUCGGAAAAAGGCGAUCAUCUCCGUCACCGUCAACGACGCCCCGGGAGUGCUCAUGUACGCGAGAUACUCAACAAAGGACAGCCCCGAGAUGUCCAGGUGCUCGGGAGGGAGAUGCGCUUGGCCGUCGGGGCUCUCGACCUCACACAGCGGCAGGAAAUAGUCCGGGUUCUGCCGCAU